AUGAAAUUCGCUAUCUUAUUUUUCAUCGCUCUCCUAGCGCUAGCUCUGGCUAGACCCCAUUCCAGCGACAGUUCAGAUUCUGAUGAGCACCCUCACAGAGGAAAGCCACACCACAAGCACCAUCAUCGACACACACGUCGUCCUCCUCCACCACCACCACAAACUGUCGCUCCUGUAACUACUGAGGAAAGCCCUGUAGUUACCGAUGCACCAUCUGAUGCUCCUUCGAGUCCGACUGAAAUUGGCCCGAUCGUCACCACAGGCUACUUCACCACGGAGCUUGCUGAAUUAACAUCGGCAGCUCCCGAAGGAACCGCCGGGACUGUGUCUAUUGCAGCGUAA